CGAAACCCGCCAAAUCGUAUAUCCUCCGCCUAUAAUCAUCCAAAAUGUCUGGCAAGCGCGGUCGAGGUUCUACCUCCGGUAACAAGCUCAAGAUGACUCUUGGUCUGCCAGUCGGUGCCGUCAUGAACUGCUGCGACAACUCGGGUGCCCGCAACCUGUACAUCAUCUCCGUCAAGGGUAUUGGUGCGCGUCUCAACCGCCUGCCUGCCGGUGGCGCUGGUGACAUGGUCAUGGCCACGGUCAAGAAGGGAAAGCCCGAGCUGAGGAAGAAGGUCAUGCCCGCCGUCAUUGUCCGCCAAAGCAAGCCAUGGAGGCGAGCGGACGGUAUCUACCUGUACUUCGAGGACAACGCCGGUGUCAUUGUCAACCCCAAGGGUGAAAUGAAGGGUUCCGCCAUCACUGGUCCUGUCGCCAAGGAGGCCGCUGAGCUGUGGCCGCGUAUCGCCUCCAACUCCGGUGUCGUCAUGUGAGGGGUCUCUUUUCCUGCUUUCGAUAACAUUCAUGGGUUCACGGGCACGGCGAAAAUGCAUUUACGGGGUGAAGGAUUUGGGCGACGACAUUGCAACUACGAUUAGCAAUGGGACGACCUUCACAGUACCAGUCAAAUGAACAUUACGACCAAACCACAUCGUGUACCGCGACUUUCGAGUGAUGGCUGACUGACUCGACUUACCAUCAAGCGCAACAAGAUAGUCGAGCUGAGAAUAACGUUGGAUCAAAAGACUUGAACUGUCAUGAAAACAUUGGUUUUUACUGAUUUGUGGUAUUGUCAAAAAUAUAUGUACUGAAUGCUAGGAUCCCUAGACCCUGGGCUGGGUAGACGAGCACGAACUACGGUCGCAUGCUAACAUCUUGAAGUCGGCCUCCUCGGCAACUUCUUGCGCCCACCGCAUCUGCACCAUGCUUCUGGCUUCGAGUUCCAGGCUUCUAAUGUCGUAAUCGCGCUUGCGUCCGCC